UCCGGGCAGCGAGCUCGGUCCCGGGGCCGGGAUGAACCCGUGGAAAGCCAUCGGGGAAGGGACCCAUGCCCGGAGGACUGAAGGAGCCUCGUGAUCGCCGGAUCUGGCCCUGCGACCCCCAGCCAUGGGCCAGACUUCGGUGUCCACCCUGUCCCCGCAGCCCGGCAGCGUUGACGGACUGGACAAAGCUUCCAUAGCAAACUCGGAUGGCCCCCCGGCAGGUUCGCAGACACCUCCCUUCAAGCGAAAGGGGAAGCUCUCCACCAUUGGAAAAAUCUUCAAGCCUUGGAAAUGGAGGAAAAAGAAGACGAGUGACAAGUUUAGGGAAACCUCAGCAGUAUUAGAGAGGAAGAUUUCCACAAGACAAAGUAGAGAGGAGCUGAUAAGAAGGGGCGUGCUUAAGGAAUUGCCUGAUCAAGAUGGAGAUGUAACAGUUAACUUUGAAAAUUCAAACGGGCACAUGAUACCCAUCGGAGAGGAAUCUACCCGAGAGGAAAAUGUAGGGAAGUCUGAAGAAGGUAAUGGCUCUGUGUCUGAGAAAACACCACCUCGGGAAGAAAGGGCAGAAGAUAAGAAAGAGAACACUGAAAACCACUCUGAAACACCGACAGCGCCUGCUCUACCUCCUUCAGCUCCUCCUAAGCCUAAACCCAAACCUAAACCCAAAAAGUCACCUGUGCCCCCCAAAGGGGCCACUGCCGGGGUCAGCCACAAAGGUGAUGAAGCGCCUCCCAGUAAAAAAAAUGCCAAGGCUCCUGGCAAGCAGGGCCCCGUCCCUCCACCCAAACCAACAGGCCGAAUCACGACCCGAGAGGCUGCUGGCUCUUCUCACUUGAAAAAACCAACUGGUUCCAAAACGUCUGCUUCACCGUCCACUUCAUCCACCUCUUCUCGACCGAGAGCUUCCAAGGAGACAGUUGCUAGCAAAACAGGGACAGUGGGAACAGCAAAGGGCAAGAAAAAAACUGGCAAGCAGUCAUCGGCCUCCAGACUGUCCUUAGACGCCGCCAUACCUGGCCCAUCUGAUCUUAAAGGAGACCCUGCAGAGACCAGUGUGGGGAGCCUCCAACCCGAGCAGACUGUCCCUGAGGCUGAGGAGCAGGCUACUGGCAAAUCCAAGGCCACCGGCCCUUUGCCUCCUGUGACUCCACCACCCUCCUCCCCAGCCCUCCCUCUGCCUCUUGAAGAUCAGUGCAUUAUUGCCUCAGACACACCAGUGGUCCUGGUCAGCAAUGGAGCUGGCCAGCCCAUCUCUGCCUUAGACCCCAGCCAACUCCUUGGGACCGAAGAACCCACCACUCUCUACUCAGGCACUGGCUUAAGUGUUAACAGAGAAAACGCAAAAUGUUUUAUGACCAAAGAUGAGAUGGAGAAGGCAGGACCUCAGCUGCUGGCCCCUGGACUGAUGGGAGAAUCCUCAGAGGAAGAUGGCCCACAGGAGUACCAGGCCACCGACUCUGAUUCAGAUGGCCCCAUCUUGUACACAGAUGAUGAUGAGGAAGAGGAUGAGGAUGAUGAUGGCAGUGGAGAAAGUACUUUGGCAAGUAAGAUCCGGCGGAGGGAUACUCUUGCUAUCAAACUUGGCAACAGACCAUCCAAGAAAGAGUUAGAAGACAAAAACAUCUUACAGCGUACAUCUGAAGAAGAGAGGCAGGAAAUCCGGCAUCAAAUCGGAACCAAGCUGGUCAGGAGACUCAGCCAGAGGCCAACCACUGAAGAAUUAGAGCAAAGAAAUAUCCUAAAACAAAAGAAUGAAGAAGAGGAGCAAGAAGCAAAAAUGGAACUUAAACGUAGACUUAGCCGGAAGCUCAGUCUGAGACCCACGGUGGCGGAGCUCCAAGCUCGAAGGAUCCUGAGAUUUAAUGAGUAUGUGGAAGUCACCGAUUCUCCUGACUAUGACCGCCGGGCAGACAAGCCCUGGGCCAGGUUGACACCUGCAGACAAGGCAGCAAUAAGGAAAGAACUAAAUGAAUUUAAAAGCACAGAAAUGGAAGUUCACGAAGAGAGUCGGCAGUUUACAAGGUUCCAUCGCCCAUAAUGAAGUAUGGGACUGCUUGGAAAUUGAUUGAUCAUCCUUACUGGAAGCCCUGCUUCUGGAAAAACCUGAUAU